AUGGUUCGUGUCGCGCCCCUGCUGCUCGCCGGCGUCGUGGCUGCAGCGGCGUCGCUGCUGCUGCUGGUUGCGCCAUCGGCGGCGGAGCUGACGCGGGUGGAGCACCCGCCCAAGAGCGAAGGCUCGCUCGCCAUCCUCGCAGUUGGCGACUGGGGGCGCCGGGGGCAGUUCAACCAAACCCUCGUGGCCCAGCAGAUGGGAGUGGUGGGGGAGAAGCUGGACAUCGACUUCGUCAUCUCCACGGGCGACAACAUCUACGACGACGGCAUCGCCAACACCAGCGACCCGCUCUUCAAGGAGUGCUUCACCAACAUCUACACCGCCCAGAGCCUCCAGACGCCGUGGUACAUCGUCCUCGGCAACCAUGACUACACGGGCAACGCGCUGGCACAGCAGGACCCCGCCAUCCGCGAAGUUGACAGCCGGUACCUCAACCUCGCCAAGUCCUUCAUCGUCAACUCUGAAAUCGCGGACUUCUUCCUCGUGGACACAUCACCGUUUUACCUCAAGUACUGGAACAGCAGCAAGUACGAUUGGAGAAACGUUUCUCCUCGCGACACCUACAUCGAAAACCUCCUCAAGGAUCUGGACGAUGCCCUCGUCCAAUCUGAGGCUCCAUGGAAGAUUGUGGUUGGUCACCACCCCAUCAGCAGUGGCUGCGAGCAUGGGAACACCACUGAGCUCCAGGAGUUGCUCCGACCAAUCCUUGAGGCGCGCGGGGUCGACAUGUACGUGAACGGCCAUGACCACUGCUUGCAGCACAUCAGCAGCAGAAACAGCCCUGUUCAGUUCAUGACAAGCGGCGGUGGGUCCAAGGCAUGGGCCGGCAAGGUCAAGACCACAUCUGACAAGAUAGAGUUCAUCUACGACGGCCAGGGAUUCAUGUCGAUGCAGAUGAGCAACACGGAGGCGCACCUCGUCUUCUACGACGUCGCUGGCAAUGUCCUGCAUACCUAUGACAGCACCAAGAGCGAAGAAGAAGAAGAGGAUGAUGACUAA